UUUACCUUAAAAGUUUGACGGCUAUUCUCGAUUAUGGCUGACAAUAGACCGUGGAUCCUUGCGACUACGUUGCCUUUUUCACACGAGCAGAGAGUCAUUGCGGACAAAGCUUUCAGACUUGUCGUCUGGAGAGACUUUCUUCAAAAUCAAGAUGAAUAUCGAGAUAAAAUACAAGGAAUUUUAUAUAUACCAAGUGAGAAACCACCGAUGGAUGAAGAACUGCUUCGAAGUAUGUCAAACUUGAAGGUGUUAGCCACCCAUAGUACAGGUACAAACCAUCUGGAUCUACCGUUACUAUGGAAACUAGGUAUAAAAGUUGGUCAUGCACGUGGUAUCCUGGAUGACACCUGUGCUGAUUUUGUUUUUGGAUUGCUCAUCGCUGCAGCUCGAAGAUUACCAGAAUGUAUAGCCCACGCACAGGGCCAUGAAGAAACUGAGCCUGGUUGGGUUAAAUCUAAUGUUCCAAUAGGAGUCGCAGUGUCUGGAGCAAGACUCGGCAUCCUCGGCAUGGGAUCUAUCGGUUAUGAGGUCGCGAGGAGAGCUACAGGAUUUAAAAUGAAAGUCCUCUAUCAUAAUCGUACACAGAGAAGUGCAGCUGAAGAGAGAGAAGUGAACGCCACCUAUUGCCAAUCAUUGGAGAAAAUGCUUCCUGAGCUGGAUUAUCUUGUAAUAACUUGUAGUCUGAACAAAGAUUCCAAGCACCUGGUUGGCAAGAAACAAUUGGACCUGAUGAAACCUACUGCUAUCAUUGUGAACGGAGGAAGAGGUUUGAUCAUUGAUCAAAAUGCGAUGGUAGAUGCUUUACGUAAUGGUAGGCUCCGUGGAGCAGCUUUAGAUGCCACUCAUCCGGAGCCUUUAGCUAAAGAUCAUCCUCUCCUACACCUCCCCAAUGUUAUCAUCACGCCUCAUCUUUCAUCACACGUUGGGGACACUCUGAAUAAAGUAAUGCAGAACUGUAUUGAUAACAUUAAUGCUGGUGUGGAAGGUCGCCCGUUACCAACCGAAGUUGAACCACUCCUUUGAACAAUAAGGGAGUUUACAGAUAGCACAUGGUACAAAUGACCCCAAAUAUCCACAGAUCUUUUACACAUGGAGAAGUUCCACUUUGAGCAUCUUAGAAUUAUAACUGCCAAAAUCAUACUUGUGCUUCAUGAAUACCUAUUGUUUGACCUCUUGAAAAGAACACUUCCACCUGCGUAUCAUAGAAUGUACCG